GGAUAUGGAUAUUUUCAAUAAAAAACCUUACAAGUGUGAUGAAUGUGUAAAUGAAAUAAGGUUACAGAGGAGUGCUUCGGACUCAACUCCAGUCAAAACAGAUAAACACAGUGAGGAUUCAAUAUUAAUUGCUUCAGAUGCGUGCAGCGUUAAAACGUUCAAGGAAAUGUUAAAACAGUUGGAAAAUAAAAUAUUGAAUGGUCAACGCAAACUGGAGGACGAUCUUGAUUCAAAUGGAAUUAACCACCUAUCAGAAGGAAUACGUGAAGCUGCUAUGCUACGACAGGUCACGAAACUCACUUCCAUUUUUACUUUUUAUAGUUUUGUCAGUUGUGGUUCUGACCAACAUUUGCCUCGCAAUUCAAGACGAUCCCGAUGUCGAUGUUGCUAUGGAAGCAGUGAAGGAUAUAUUUGCACUUUUAAUAGUUUUCUUGCGCAUUAUUGAACAUAGUUUGAACCCUCAGAGAAUUGUAAAUCUUGUGCAGCUAAUUAACGAUGAUUUCCUAGUGAAUAAGAAUGAUUUCGUAGAAAGCAAAGAUAAGUUUACGCGAAUUGCAAAGCUGCAUGAGGCACAGCAAAAAACUACCAAAAAGAUUUUCCAAUAUUUGAAAUGUUUGUUCCUUCUUAUCUUUUGUGGAUUUCUUGUCAAGCAUUUGUUCAAUGACCUGAUGGGCAUCGCUGAAGUCUCAGAUGAAUCACGCCGUUGGUUGACUCCGUUUCUAAUCUACAGAGUUCCACAGCCUUCAGAAACGUCAAGCACAUCCUUCUUCGUCUACGCCUAUUGUCUACAUGGUUUUUUCCUGCUUGUAAUCUGUUUGGAAGGCUUUGUCAUCUACGCAGCCGUGUGUCUUUCUACUGAGAAACUGCUGGGUGACUUUGAAACGUUCUACGUACUCUUGGAAUGUCUCACCAAUGAUUUCUCAGAGUGUAGUGGCCAGCAUGUAAAUAAUCACCACUUUGAAUCAAUACUCAGAAAGGACUUGGCAAUUGUCAUUGGAUGUCACCAAAAUCUUAACAGAAAAUUCAAAAUUUGUGCAGGGAAUUCAGCUUUAGUGGUACUAGCAUCUAUCAUUUUCGUAGGGAAUGACUCCUUUUUCAACGCAUAUUUUAUGCUGAAGUCGAACAGUGUGAAGAGAGCUUUGAGCUUCACUUUCAUGUUCAUCAUAGAGAACUUAAUUUUGUUCUUCAUUUACCACAAUGGUCAACGAAUUUUCAACCAGAAUGAUAAACUGCGGAAACAUCUAGCUGGGCUUCCAUGGACAGACAAGCCGCGCUGGUUCAGACAGAACGUGCACAUUAUGAUGACACGGGCAAAUGUUGACACUGAGAUGAGGCCUUACGGCAUUUUCAUCCUCAACUACAUGUCAUUCAAAGAUUUGAUGAGAUUAACAUUUUCUGUUGGAAACCUACUCUACACGAAGAAACUGGCAAAGCAAUCUCAACAAUAAUAAAAGAAUUACCAUCAAUGCCGUAAACAUAUAAGAAUUAAAUUGGUCGACUCUGUAUUUUUUCAUAUAAUAUUUUUGUUUCUUGUGCAAUAAAGUUAUUUGAUUUGAAAUGCGAUAUUGUACUAUCAUUACAAAUAUUCUACAACACUGUGCCAAUAAUACUAGAGUAGUCUACUGCGAAUACAUUUACAGAAUGGAAAGUGAAAUAUUUCCCCCAAAAAAUGUAUGUUUCAAGCUUUUGAAAUUAAAUUAAUCUUGGAAAGAGUACUCCAAAUGAGA